AUGCUACCGAUUACUCGCGAUGCAUUUAGUCAUGCUUGGAAAGGAUAUGAACGAGAUGCUUGGGGAUAUGAUGAAUAUCAUCCAAUUUCUCGUAAAGGAAGUAAUUUAACAACUCAAGGUAUUGGAUUUACUAUAAUAGAUUCAAUUGAUACAAUAAUAAUAAUGGGAUUAUCAUCAGAAUAUUCAAAAGCUCGAGAUUGGAUAAAAAAUUUGGAUUUUAAUAUUGAUGGAUAUGUAAAUUUAUUUGAAACCACUAUAAGAAUAUUAGGUGGUUUAUUAAGUGCUUAUCAUUUAUCAGAAGGUGAUUCAAUUUAUCUUGAGAAAGCUAUUGAUUUAGGUGAUAGAUUGAUUGGUGCAUUCGAAUCACAAACCGGAAUUCCUUAUGCAUCAGUUAAUUUGGCUACUAGGAAAGGAAAAGUAGCUCAUUUUGGUGGAGGUGCUAGUUCUACAUCUGAAAUUACCACAUUACAAUUAGAAUUUAAAUAUUUAAGUUAUAUUAGUAAAGAAUAUAAAUAUUGGACAAAAGUUGAAGAAAUUAUGCGAACAAUUGAUAACCUUGAAAAAUUUGAUGGAUUAGGAGAAGAGAUAACAUUGGGCGCACGUGGAGAUAGUUAUUAUGAAUAUCUUUUAAAACAAUAUCUUCAAACUUCAAGUACUGAAAAAAUUUAUCGUCGGAUGUAUGAUGAAGCGAUGCGUGGAGUUAAAAAUCAACUUAUAAAUCAUUCUCAACCUUCUAAUUUAUUAUUUAUUGGAGAAGUGCCAAGAUAUUCCUCACCAUCUUUACACAAUAAAAUGGAUCAUCUCGUAUGUUUUAUGGGAGGAAAUUUAGCAUUAGGAGCUACCCAAGGAAAAAAAUUUAAAGAAGUGGAAGAUUAUUUAAGUGAAAAUGAUAAAGAAGAUUUUAAUAUCGGAAAAGAAUUAACUAAAACUUGUGCUCAGAUGUAUUUUAGUACUGAAACCGGAUUAGCACCAGAGAUUGCAUAUUUUAAUACUCAUGAAGGAUCUACUCAGGAUAUAAUGAUAAAACAACUUGAUCGACAUAAUUUAUUACGACCAGAAACUGUGGAAAGUUUAUUUAUAUUAUGGAGACUAACCGGCGAAGAAAAAUAUCGAGAAUGGGGUUGGGAGAUAUUUCAAGCUUUUGAGAAAUAUUCCAAAAUCCAGGAUGGUGGUUACACUUCUCUAGAUGAUGUUACAGUUAUACCACCAGUUAAACGUGAUAAAAUGGAAACAUUCUGGAUGGCCGAAACCUUGAAAUAUUUAUAUUUAUUAUUUGGAAGUAAUGAUAAAAUCCCUUUAGAUAAAUAUGUAUUUAAUACUGAAGCACAUCCACUUCCAAUUUUCGAACCACCGCCACAAAUUAUCGACCAAUUAUCAACAAAAUAA